AUGAGAUCUGCGCCCAUCAUGAAAGGCCUGGUGGCCACUGGAUACUUCAUUGCGCGUGCCAGUGCUGCCGCAGUGCUGGCCUCUCGAGAUAGUACCGCUGCCUGUCCUGGCUACAAAGCAAGCAACGUGCAAACACAGCAAGGCAGCAUUGUCGGUGCCGACCUCAACCUGGCUGCGUCUGCCUGCAAUGUGUAUGGCACAGACUUAGACAACUUGGCUCUGCAAGUUGAAUAUCAAACUGAGACGCGACUUCAUGUCAAGAUCUACGAUGCAGCGGAGCAGGUCUACCAAGUGCCGACAUCCGUUCUGCCACGGCCCAAUAGCACAAAUAUUAGUCCGGAUCAAUCAGAACUGCAGUUUACCAUUGAGAGCAACCCGUUUUCCUUCAAGGUAACGCGCAAAUCCAAUGGCGAGGUUCUUUUCGAUACGGCCGGCCAUCCAUUGAUAUUUGAGUCCCAAUAUCUCGGUUUGCGGACCACUCUGCCGGAAUCACCUUACAUAUAUGGCCUCGGUGAAAGUACAGACCCUUUCCCACUGCCAACGGACAAUUACUCGCGCACUCUUUGGUCUCGCGAUGCAUAUCUUGUUCCGCAGUACACAAACCUAUACGGUAAUCAUCCAGUGUACUUUGAUCAUCGUGGCACAAAGGGCACUCAUGGUGUGUUCCUGCUGAAUAGCAAUGGAAUGGACAUUAAAAUCAACCAGGAUGAUGAUGGCCAGUACUUGGAGUACAAUACUCUAGGAGGAGUCCUGGACUUCUACUUUCUGGCUGGACCAACCCCGAAAGACGUUGCCAUUCAAUAUUCAGAAACCGUGGGCAAGGCAGCUAUGAUGCCAUACUGGGGAUUGGGCUUCCAUAACUGCAGGUAUGGCUACCAGGACGCCUAUGAAGUUGCAGAGGUUAUUGCCAAUUACAGUGCUGCCAAUAUUCCGCUCGAAACGCAGUGGACUGACAUUGAUUAUAUGUACUUGAGAAGGGUUUUUACUCUUGAUCCGCUUCGAUUCGACAUAGAUCUUGUACGCCAGGUCGUAUCGUAUCUUCAUGAGCAUGAUCAGCAUUAUAUCAUGAUGGUUGACCCUGCAGUGGCUUACCAGGACUAUGCUGCAUUUAACGACGGUGUUUCUGAGGGAGCUUUCUUGACGCUCUCAAACGGUUCAGUGUACCAAGGUGUGGUAUGGCCUGGCGUUGCAGCAUUCCCUGACUGGUUUGGACCAAACACGCAAUCUUUCUGGAACAGCCAAUUUUCAUCAUUUUUCAACCCCGAAACCGGUGUUGAUAUUGAUGCUCUUUGGAUAGACAUGAAUGAAGCGUCCAAUUUCUGUACAUUUCCUUGCUCAAACGCGGCGGAGUUUGCAGCAGCCAAUGAUGACCCUCCAGCUCCCCCAUCAGUACGGCUCUCUUCGCCACGGCCUAUUCCAGGGUUUGGUCCGGAUUUCCAGCCUGCGUGUGUAGCCACUGUGAAUUUCACUGUGUAUGCAGAGACAACCUUUGGUGAAAACAUUUAUAUUCUUGGAAAUUCGCCGACCAUAGGAGACGAAAUCGUUCUUGAGGCGGUGAUUAUGAGUGCCUAUAAUUACCCAGAAUGGCAAGUCACUGUUGAAAUGCCCGACAAUGGCACGUUUAAUUAUCAAUAUCUCCGCAAAGAGACAGACGGUAGCUGGAUAUAUGAAAACAAAAACCGUACAAUCACAACAGGUGAUUGCAACAGCGGGUUACAAUCCGUUUCUGAUGUAAUAACUACAAGCUCACCAACUGGAAAGAGAUCCUUAGUUGAUCAUCUUUCUGUCCCCUUCGUGAGAUCUCCAGCGUUCGUUGGCACUGUCCAGAAGCGAGAUGGAUCGAUGUUGGGACUACCGGCUAGGGAUCUACUUAAUCCCAAAUACAGCAUUAACAAUACGGCAGGCUCUAUCAGCAACUUGACCAUCCAAACCGACCUCAUUCAUGCCAACGGUCUGGUUCAAUAUGACACUCACAACAUGUACGGCACCAUGAUGAGCUCCACUAGUCGAAAUGCUAUGCUAAGCCGUAGACCGGCCUCUAGACCUCUUGUCAUCACUCGCUCCACCUUUGCUGGCGCCGGUCGUCAAGUUGGCCAUUGGCUAGGGGAUAAUCACGCUGACUGGGAUCAUUAUCGAUGGACGAUCGCGGAACUCCAAGAGUUCGCCGCUUUAUACCAGAUUCCCAUGGUUGGUAGCGAUGUCUGCGGCUAUGACGGAGUAACCACCGAUGAAUUGUGUUCCCGCUGGAUAUUCCUAGGUGCCUUCUCACCAUUUUUCCGCGACCAUUCAGACGAUAGCUCGCCUCCACAUGAAUUCUAUCGAACCACUGCCAUGGCAGCAGCGGCGCGUGCUGCCAUUGACAUUCGUUACCGCCUGUUGGAUUAUGCAUAUACGGCGAUGUGGAAGCAAACCCAAACUGGCGCGCCCAUGCUCAAUCCAAUGUUUUUCGAAUACCCAUCCGACUUGAACACUGCGAGACUAACCUACCAAUUCUUCUGGGGCAAUAGCAUAAUGGUUGCUCCUGUUACCGAUGACAACUCGACAUCCGUAUCAGUUUAUUUUCCCAAUGACCUAUUUUACGACUUCUACACUGGCAAACCAUUGAUUGGAAGAGGUUCGGCGACAACUUUGACAGGCGUCGCUUUCGAUACCAUUCCAUUGUACUACAAAGGCGGCAGCAUCAUACCACAAAGAAUAGCCUCUGCAAACACAACGAAGCUCUUGCGCCAGCAGAACUUCGAGAUUGUGAUUGCACCCAAUGCUAUUGGAGAGGCAUCUGGGACUUUGUAUCUGGACGAGGGUGAUAGUAUUGAACAGCCGUCGACAUCGAUAAUUGACUUUCACUACCUGGAUGGAUUGUUCUCCAUGACGGGAGAAUUCGGAUACGAUGUAGGCAAUGUUAUAAUCAGCCAAAUUACUGUUCUGGGCGAGUAUGUGAACAAGCACACAGUGAAUAUCAAACUGACCGGGGAUUAUACUGCGUUUUAUUUUUAG